AGAAGACUCGACUAGACUUUCUCAUCAUACGAACCCUAUUGGACUAACCCUUCUAUCCUCUCGAGCUGCUGCAUCCUUUUUUCUCAGUGCCAAACAACACUGACAGAUGCUUUUAUGAAACCAGAUUUAUCGUUUGGGUCAAUAUUCAAGCUUUGUCUUCUUAUCGUUUCUCAAGAAUGAGGAUUGCCAAGGAAGAAUCAUCGAGCAGUGCUGCACAGGCAAUAAGCUUGAUAUCAGCAGUGAAGGAAUUGCAAGGGGUCACUGUUCUGGAUCUCAAUAAAUUAUUGAGAGACUCUGAAAAUUUCACUAUUCAGCACCUUACUGAAAAAGGAUCAACGCUGAAGAUUGAUAUGGAAAAACUUGCGGGAUCUCUUCCGUUGCAUCUCAGUACCCUGUUGAUGUCAGCUGUCAGAAAUGAAGCCUUGUUCAGAUACUUGUUACGUGGCAUUCGACUAUUGCAUUCCUUGUGUGAUUUAGCCUCCCGAAAUUCUAAAUUCGAGCAGAUUUUGCUAGAUGAUGUGAAAAUUAUGGAACAGCUGACUGACUUGGUUUUCUACAUGCUAAUUGUUCUUGGUGGAUACAGAAAGGAAUGCCAUGCUUUCAGUGAUAUGCCUCUUUUGCAUUCAACUCUUGUUGCAUGCAAUUUACAUCUAUUGACAGGGUUCAUUUCAACACAAUGGCAAGAUAUCGUUCAUGUAUUGCUUGCGCACCCCAAGAUUGACAUAUUUAUGGAUGCAGCUUUUGGAUCAGUUCGCAUGGUUGUUAGUUUUCUUGAGAAUACACUUGGAGCAUAUCAAGAAGAUGUUUCUGUGGAAUCAAAUCUUACUGCAGAACAAAUAGUUUAUUAUCUCUGCCAGCAGUGUGAAGCUUCUCUGCAGUUUCUUCAGGCACUUUGCCAACAGAAAUUGUUUAAGGAGCGCCUGCUAAAGAAUAAGGUUUCGAAUCUUACAAUCUUCUUAAAUAUGGAAAGGAAAAUCUGUGUCUCUGAAUAUAUGUAUGUAUGUGUGUGUAUAUAUAUAUAUAUAUAUAUAUAUAUAUAGAUAUAUAGAUAUAUA